CAAGCGCAGCAAGCAUGAACUGGACGGCGCAGAGCUGGGGCGGCGCGCUGAGGGAGGCGGGGCUGGCCGAGCGGCCGGGCGGCGCGCUGCUCCUGCAGGCUCUCUGGGACUCGGUGCGGGCGCGGGAAGGCUGGCUCCGGUCGCCCUUCUUCCCAGUCCUCUUCAGCUUCGCCGCCUACAUGGGCUGCUGCUCGCCCUUCGUGGCGCUGGACUGCCUGCACGGCCGCCUGCCCGCCUUGCAGAAGUACAAGAUCCAGCCGCAGGCGUCCCCCUCCGCCGGGCAGAUGCUGGCGUGCACGGCGCGCAGCCUCUACGACCACCUGGUCGGCGUCUUCCCCGUCACCGUGGCGCACUGGUACUGGCGGCCGCUGAGCUUGCCGGAGAGGGCCCCCGAGCUGCCCCGCCUCCUGCGCGACCUGGUCGCCUGCCUGCUGCUCUUCGACCUCCUCUACUUCCUCUGGCACCUGCUCCACCACCGCGUCCCCUGGCUCUACAGGACCUUCCACAAGGUCCACCACAAGCACGUCUCCACCUUCGCGCUCAGCACCCAGUACUCCAGCCGCUGGGAGCUGCUCUGGCUGGGCCUCUUCGCCGCCCUGGUCCCCCUGCUGCUCAGGUGCCAUCCCAUGACGGAGAUGGCCUUCUUCCUGGCCAACAUUUGGCUCGCCGUGGAGGACCACUCCGGCUACGACCUGCCCUGGUCGACCCACCGGCUGGUCCCCUUCGGCCUCUACGGGGGAGCCGUGCACCACGACCUCCACCAUUUGAAGUUCAAGUUCAACUAUGCGCCUUACUUUACGCACUGGGACAGGCUCUUCGGGACCCUUGGCCAGGCCGUCGGGGAGAAUCCGGACCCUGCAAAGACGACUAUAGACUGAGCAUUUCAAGAUCUCCCCCGCUGCCCAUGAAAGGAUCGGGAAUGCUGGACUGAACAAACCUACCAGCGACGACUUGCACAUCAUCAUAUUUAUUUAUUUAUUUGUGUUAAAAGGGCUCUAGCUAUGAUUGUUUUUCUUUGGGGGGGGAACCCCCCAAAAUCAGUGGUACAAGCCAUCUGAAGGAGGCUCAAGUGGAUCCUGUUUUUCGUUUGGCUUCCCAAGCUUUUAUAAAGCAAUUGUGUAUGUUCUGUGUGUGUAUGUACCUGAGGGAGUGUUAGCUUGCUGGAAUGGGUUGAAAGAGGGCGAGAAUAUUGAUUCCCAUGGAGUUCCUCUUGCCUUGCCAUGGAGAGAAGAAGAAAAAAUAGAACACUGACUUGAAAAUGAUAACCUUAAUAUAUUUUUGAGAUUUCAAUUAUUUAUAUUCUUGUA